AUGAGAUACAGGGUGAGGAUCGCCAUCCGGGAGCAGCUCGCAUUCCUGGUCACCUUUGCCGUCCUCCUCGCCCUCGCCAUCCUCUCCGUGCCGACAUGGAUCUACGUAAACAACUUUGUCGUCGGCGUCGAGGAGGACAGCCUCUCCCUGGCUGCCUCCCUGAAGGCCACACGUAUCGCCUCCGAGAUCACGCUCGUCCAGACCAUGAUCGAGACGAUAUCCACCAGGAUCCUAAUCCAGCAGUCGCUCGAAACCUUCUACCAGGGCAACACAAGCGCUUCCAACUGGGUCAACACCGAGGCGGAUAUGCAGAGUGCGCUGGGGUCUGGGAGUGGCAACCUCUACCAGGCCAAGAUCUUCUCCAGAAACAGCACCGGCCCCUCGUACGGCCUCUUUAACGUGACUGGGCUCACCACCCCACAGAUCCUGCUGCCCUACGAAAACUCGGCCGGCGCUCCCGUCUAUCUAGGCGACGAGGAUGGCGGCUUUCCUCCUUCAUUGUAUCCGAACAUCACGUACGUGGACACAGGCGCCGCCAGCGCGACGGACCCGAACACGAAUGUCUACGCAGCCUACGCCUUCUCAGAUGUCCGCCUCAGCGAGAAUGCCGGUCUUCUGCUGGGACCGCUGGUCAUCAACGACACGUUUGCCCUGAUGUCGCUCACCAUCCCGAUGAGAUCCAACGCCGGUGGGACCUUCAUCCUGGGCUACAUGACGGUCGUGGCCUCGGCGUCCACCAUUGUCGAUGUGGUCUCUUCACGAGAAGGCAUGGGCGAGUCCGGCGUGCUGUUGAUCAUCGGCCCCACGGCCGGCUCCAACAGGUUUAACGCAUCCAACCCGGCGAGCAACGCAACCUAUGUUCCCCCCGAUCUGUCCACCUUUGAAAACAUCUCGGUGCAUUUCGUCCUCCCGCCGCAACCAGCCGCGGGCGGCACCAACAGACACGAGACGGCGGCGUCCGAAUCGGGAGACUUUGGUGCCUCGUUUCCCCUGAAGGACUACCCAGCCGCACUGUGGGAGUUUUCGAAGCAGAUUGCCGAGGUCAACAAUGCCAGCUCCGACCUGUGGACGCACAACGAAGAGGGGACCGCCGUCUCUGUCGGGUAUGCACGGACGCAGAACGAGCUUGUCAACUGGACCGUGGUGGUGGAGCAGGCCCGCUGGGAGGCGACUGCUCCCAUCAACACGCUACGCAAGAUCCUGCUGGGCUGUACCUUUGGCACGGCCGGGCUGGUUCUGCUGCUGAUCAUCCCCUGUGCACACUGGAGCGUUCUGCCCAUCCGCCGGCUCAAGGCCGCCACGGAAAGGUCCGUCGCCCCACCGGGGUAUCAUGACGAGCUCGACCUCUUUGAAGGCUACGACGCAAACGGCAACUACUCGGGAAGCACAUCGAAACGGUCCGCCAAGGGCUUCAUCGCGUGGAUCUCUCGCGAGAUCCGGCGCCGGCGGAGGAGGUUUGCGAGCUCGCACACGGACACAGAUCCGAACCGGCGCGUCUUCAAGAUCCCUGGCAAGGUCGAGGUCCGCAAGGUCUUGGUCACCGACGAGCUGACGGAGCUCACCGAGGUGUUCAACGAGAUGACCUCCGAGCUCCUCAAGCAGUACAACUCCCUCGACAGCAGGGUGCAGGAGCGGACGCGGGAGCUCGAGAUCAGCAAGAAGGCUGCAGAGGCUGCCAACGAGAGCAAGACCUUGUUCAUCGCCAACAUCUCCCACGAGCUCAAGACGCCGCUCAACGGAAUCAUGGGCAUGUGUGCCGUGUGCAUGGAGGAGGAUGAUGUCGUCAGGAUCAAGCAGUCUCUGAAGACGCUGUACAAGUCCGGCGAUCUUUUGCUUCACCUGCUAGAGGACCUUCUGAGCUUCUCCAAGAACCAGAUCGGUCAACAGGUCUCCUUGGAGGAGCGUGAGUUCAGGCUUGGUGACAUCCGCUCUCAGAUUCUAUCUAUCUUCGACAAGCAGGUUAGGGAGGGCCGGAUCACACUUACUGCCGACUUUGUUGGACCCGAUUUUACCGACCUGACCGGCAGCCCCGAACGGCAAUCUCUGGACAGAAGGCUUCCUGCUGUCGGGCCCCCUGGUAUAGGUCGGCUGAAAGACAUGUGUCUCUGGGGAGACCAGCAUCGGAUCCUGCAGGUCAUGAUCAAUCUCGUCAGCAACAGCUUGAAAUUCACCCCUGCGGGAGGAAAGGUCAUGGUACGGAUACGAUGUGUGGGAGAGGUAGAGACAAGCGACGAGUCUCGGGCCUCCUCCUUCUCUAGGACCUCGAGUCGCCCCGGCCGCAGCCGUCACCGUCUAGGAUCGGGCUCCCAGCAUUCAGCGAGCUCUAAGGGGGGCACGUCGAACGCGCAGCACCAGGUUCAGAGGGGCACGGCGCUGGCCAUCAAUCCCACCGAAGUCAGGACCAUCGCCCAUACCUCGAGUGUUGAGAGGCCUGUCACGCCGCCGCCGCCCAACGCCAAGACAUAUAUGUUCGAAUUCGAGGUGGAGGAUACCGGUCCGGGUAUCCCAGAGCACAUGCACCACAGGGUGUUUGAGCCCUUUGUGCAGGGUGACCUUGGCCUGAGCAGGAAGUUCGGCGGAACAGGACUGGGCCUCAGUAUAUGCUCGCAGCUGGCAACCCUUAUGGGGGGGAAUGUAUCUCUGCGAAGCACGCUGGGCGUGGGCACGACUUUUAUCGUGCAGAUUCCGUUGAAGUAUACCAAGGACAAACCUUCUAGCACGGCAUCGAGCAGUCUACGGGGGUCCAGGCCGCCUAGCGUCACAUCUGAUGUAUUAAUUGACUCCCGAAGAGAAUCGGUAGGAGACACGCCGGCUCAUACUGAGACCGCCAAUCCAGCGCCGACAACAACCCUGGACAAGCAACCACGGCUCGUCGGGCUCAGCCAGCCGUUCUUCGCGACAGCCAAGAACAACAACCCCCCACAGACCGAGGCGGAGAAGAUGGCGGUCCUCGAGAAGGCCAUGGAGAAGAAAGGCGGGGAGGGCAAGCUCCGGGUGCUCGUGGCGGACGACAACAACACAAACAUCGAGGUGGUCAGCAGGAUGCUCAAGCUCGAGUCUGUGGUCGACGUGACCAUCGCCAAGGACGGACAGGAGGCUUUUGAGCUGGUCAAGGCCAACUUUGAGCGGAACGAGCGGUUCGACGUGAUCUUUAUGGACAUCCAGAUGCCCAACCUAGACGGGCUCCAGAGCACCCGGCUCAUCCGACAGAUGGGCUACAAGGCGCCCAUCGUGGCGCUUACGGCCUUCUCGGACGCGAGCAACGUCAAGGACUGCAUGGACUCGGGCAUGAACGAGUUUCUCGCCAAGCCCAUCCGCAGGCCGGCGCUCAAGCAGGUGCUGCAGAAAUUUGCGACCAUACCCGAGGAGCCCGAGACGGCGAGCGUGAUGACAAGGAAGACGACGCCAGACGAAUCGCCGCCAACGACUACAGGGAACAAGGAGAAGAAAGACCAGGGGCCCGUGGUCUCGGCGACGGAGCUUCUCGAGAAGCCCUAUCCCAACGGACUGGCCUCGCCAGGGAAAUCAUGA